GAAAUUCAGUUUAAUCCGAGGAAGUCAUGAACACGUGACUGCCCACGUGCAUUUGACAAGUCAUCAAUGGCAGCAGAACCGAUUGCAUACGGGUUGAGAUAGGCAGUCAAUGCGUUGAAAUUUUGGUUCUUUUUCAGAAUGCGAGUUGGAUUCCUUGGAAAGAGAUUUGGUGACGCCGGGAGGAUUUACCACUUAUGCUGAGAUGUGUCAAUUGUUCUUCAUGUAUUAUCCCAAGUUAGAAAAGCUGAACCAAUGCGCCUCAAACGUGGACUAUAAGUAUUUUCACACCCUCUUUCAAGUCGGUGGGAUCCAUCUCAAUCCGGCAUCCAUCGACUGGGAAGUGGACGCGACGAACCAGACCCUCCAGGAGCACUUCAGGGACUUCGAUUGGGAGGACUUCGAUAUGAAAGCCUAUCAAGAAGCGGUUCGAUUCGGCCCUCAUCUAGCUCUUUGCGGACGAAAUCCAGACCUUUUUGAAGUGAAGGACGUGACAUACCCAGAAUAUGAGAGCGAUUAUGAACCCCCGCCGAGACAUUGCCCCGUCGAAAGCCCUCACCUUUGAGACAUUAUCUUCAUUUGAAGAAAAUGAAAAUAAAAUUAUGCCG